AUGAAUGAAGAAAAUAGUAGUGGAGCUGGGCCUAGCAUUCAAAUUAGUCCUGAGAUGGUGUUGGUUUUGGAGGAAAUGAGAAAUAUGUUGAAGACUAUUAGGGGAGAUCAAGAAAAUACGAAUACAAUUAAGGUAAACACUGAUCGUGUGGAAGAACAAGAUCGUAUAAAUAAUCCGGAGCGAGAAGGUGAGAAUAAACGAAGGUGUACUUACAAGACCUUUAAGGAUGCUGAUCCCCCGAUAUUUAAAGGAGAUUUGGAUCCGCAUGUUGCGAAUACGUGGAUUAAGGAAAUGGAGAAAGUGAUAGAAAUUUCUGAAUGCUUGGAUGAACAAAAAGUGAAAUUCGCAACACACUCUUUAAGGGGGGAAGCAGUAUUUUGGUGGGACACUGUUAAACAGACGGAAGAUUGUUCAACAAUGACUUGGACGAGGUUUAAGGAGUUGUUCUUUGAUAAAUAUUUUCCUACGUGUAUGAAAAAUGAGAUGGAGAUGAAGUUUUUAGGAUUGAAGCAAGAAGGAAUGUCUGUGUCAGAAUAUUUGUCGAAGUUUUUGGAGCUUUCUAGGUUUGCCCCUCAUCAGGUUAAUACUGAAGCUAGGAAAUGUCAGAGAUUUCAGGAGGGACUGAAACCUCAAAUUAGAGAAAGGAAAAGACUAACGUCUGCUCCAGUACUUGGAUUACCAGAUGGAACUGAAGAUUUUGUUAUUUAUAGUGAUGCGUCAAGAAAAGGAUUAGGAUGUCUGUUAAUGCAACGUGAUAAGGUAAUUGCUUAUGCAUCUCGACAAUUAAGAAAUCAUGAGAAGAAUUACCCUACCCAUGAUUUAGAAUUGGCUGCAGUAGUUUUCGCGCUUAAAAUUUGGAGGCAUUACUUGUAUGGAGGAAAGUGUAAAAUUUUUACAGAUCAUCAAAGUUUAAAGUACCUCUUUUCACAGAAAGAUUUAAAUAUGAGGCAGAGAAGAUGGCUGGAGUUGUUAAAGGAUUAUGAUUGUGAAAUUUUAUAUCAGCCUGGUAAGGCGAAUGUUGUAGCUGAUGCGUUAAGUAGGAAGGAAGUCGGGAAUUGUGCGAGUGUCGUAGUAGAAUCACUGGAUGUUCAAGAAGAAAGAUUUGGAGUGGGGUUUGGUAUGCAAAAGAAGGAUAAGAGCUUACUGUGUCAGAUUAAGGUCAAACCGAUGUUCUUAGAAAAGUUAAAGAGUUGGGAAAGAAAGAUUUUAUGA